AUGACUCUCACAGCCCCAGGAUCAGCAGGUGCCAGUGAAAGCUCACCUCAGCUAAUGCUUCGCUCGUGUCAUCAUCCCACGUUUACAAGCCAGCUGCUCCUGCAUCACGUCGCCAGUGAUACCAGAGCUCAUGUCGAGCAGGAGAUCUCACUUGUCCAGAGGAAGAUGUCUGACCUGGAGUCAGUGCUACAGCAGAAGGACAUAGAGUUGAAGGCCUCAGAGACCCAGAGGACCAUCCUGGAACAGGACCUGGCAACCUACAUCACAGAAUGCAGCAGUCUGAAGCGCAGUUUGGAACAAGCUCGGAUGGAGGUGUCGCAGGAGGACGACAAAGCGCUGCAGCUCCUCCAUGACAUCCGGGAACAGAGCAAUAAGCUGCAGGAGAUCAAAGAGCAGGAAUAUCAUGCCCAGCUGGAGGAGAUGCGGGUUUCCAUCAGACAACUGGAGGAGGACCUGUCUGCUGCCCGUCGCCGUAGCGACUUGUACGAGGCCGAGCUGAAAGAGUCUCGACAGAGCAAUGAGGAACAGAAGAGGAAGGCCGUGGAAUACCAGCAUAGGAUGCAGAAGGUCAAAGAGCAAGGCAAAGCAGACACAGACGAGCUGGUCACCAAGUUGGAGAAGACCAAUGCUGAGCAGCAGACAAAAAUCCAGGAUCUUCAAGACAAGCUUGCCAGGGCAUUAAAGGCCAGCGCUGAGGCGACAGAUCUCCUUCAGAGUAUGAAAGUGGCCAAAGAGCGCAUGGAGCGAGAUCUAGAGAGGCUACAGAACAGGGAGGACUCCAGUGACAGCUUGCGUAGACGCCUCCGUGAGACUGAGGAUGGCAGGAAGACUCUGGAGAACCAGGUGAAAAGGCUGGAGAUUGUUGAGCGCCGGGAGACUAAACUGAAGGACGAGAUCCAGAGCAAGGGCCAGCAGAUUCAGCAGAUGGCAGAUAAGAUUCUGGAGCUUGAGGAGAAUUUGCGAGAGACCCAAGGCACAGCCCAGAGGUUGGAGACUCAUCUGAAGCAGAAGGAGAAGCUCUACGAGGAUAAGAUUAAGGUGUUGGAGGCCCAGAUGAAGGCGGACAUGGCCGAUAAGGAGAUGCUGGAGUCCAGUCAGAGCAAAUAUGAGGAGGAGGUGCGGGAGAAGUGCAGUAUCAUCAGUGAACAGAAGGCGACCAUAAAUGCAAUGGACUCAAAGAUGAACAGCCUGGAGCAGAGAAUUGCUGAGCUGUCUGAGGCCAAUAAACUGGCAGCCAACAGCAGUAUCUACACCCAGAAAAACAUGAAAGCUCAGGAGGAGAUGAUCUCAGAGCUUCGCCAGCAGAAGUUCUACUUAGAGUCUCAGGCCGGGAAGUUGGAGGCCCAGAAUGCCAAACUGGAGGAGCACCUCGAGAAAAUGAGUCAGCAAGAGCAAAGCAAUAAGAGCCGCGUGCUGGAGCUGGAAACAAGGCUCAGAGAGAUCGGGCUGGAGCAUGAGGAACAGAAGCUGGAGAUCAAGCGCCAGGUGACAGAGGUGACCCUGUCGCUGCAGGAGCGCGAAUCCCAGAUCAGCAACCUGCAGGCGGCCCGCCACGCCGUGGAGAACCAGCUGCAGCAUGCCAAGACUGAGCUGGAGGAGACCACUGCAGAAGCUGAGGAGGAGAUCACCGUGCUCAGAGCACACAGAGAUGAGAUACAACGGAAGUAUGAUGCUUUGAGAGACAGCUGCGCGGUGAUCACAGACCUGGAGGAGCAGCUGACCUCUCUGACCCAGGAGAACGCCGAGCUGAACCGCCAGAACUUCUACCUGUCCAAGCAGCUGGACGAGGCCUCAGACGAGAGAGAAGACCGGCUGCACCUCAGCCAGGAUGUGGACAGGCUGCGUCGGGAGGUGGCUGACCGCGAGAUGCACCUCAACAACCAGAAACAGAACCUUGAGACACUGAAGACCACAUGCACCAUGAUGGAGGAGCAAGUUCUAGAGCUGGAGACCAUGAACGAUGAGCUGCUGGAGAAGGAGAGACAGUGGGAUGCCUGGAGGGCGACACUGGAGGAGGAGAAGAACCAGGCUGAGAGGAGAAGCAGAGAGAUCCAGAGACUGCUAGACACUGAAAAACAGAACAGGCUCCGUGCAGAGCAGCGCAGCUCAGAGUCUCGUCAGGCUGUGGAACAGGCAGUUAAGGAGCACAAAGCUGAGAUCCUGGCCCUGCAGCAGGCCCUCAAAGACCAGAAACUCAAAGCUGAGAGCCUCGCUGACACUUUGAAUGAUCUGGAGAAGAAGCACGCCAUGCUGGAGAUGAACGCCCGCAGUCUGCAGCAAAAGCUGGAGAGUGAGAGGGAUCUGAAACAGAGGCUGCUGGAUGAGCAAGAGAAACUGCAGCAGCAGAUGGACGCUCAGAAGACCCACAUCUUCCGCCUGACUCAGGGGCUGCAGGAUGCUCUGGACCAAACUGACCUGCUGAAAACUGAGAGGACUGACCUGGAGUAUCAGCUGGAGAACAUCCAGGCUGUGUACUCCCAUGAGAAGGUGAAAAUGGAGGGGACCAUCACCCAGCAAACCAAGCUCAUUGACUUCCUGCAGGCCCAGGCCCACGGUGGCUCCAAGAAGAAAAAGGGUUUGUUUGGGCGUCGUCGAGAGGACCUGUUGGCUGCCAUGGCUGCUCAGGCCCAAGCCCAGGCCCAGGGUCAGAGUCAGGGUCAGGUUUCACCUGUGCCCCCCAUCCAGCCGGUGCCUCUGCAGUACAGUGACAUGAAGUCAGCUCUGGACAAAGAGCGUUCUCGCUGCUCCGAGCUUGAAGAGGCUUUGCAGAAAAUGAGAGCGGAGCUGCGAUCUCUGAGAGAGGAAGCCUCUCAGUAUAAGGAUCACGGUAACUCUGCAAACCCAGCCGCAGCACGCCAGCAGAUGAUUAUGUCUGCCAUGGUGAAGUCUCCUGAGCACCAGCAGGGCCCAACCAGCCUGGCACCCUCUAACUCUGGACGCAGGAAGGACGCGGCAACACCUGAAGAGAGAAGGAGGGUCACUUUUGAAAAGUACAGCCGUCGUUUGAAAGACAGUCAGAGAGACAGAGAGAGGGAGAGAGAGAGGGUGCACCACAACACCCCUCACCGCUUCACAGUGGGACUCAACAUGAGAGCCGCCAAGUGCACCGUGUGCCUGGAUACUGUGCACUUUGGCCGUCAAGCCGCUACCUGUCUCGAGUGUCACGCUCUGUGCCACCCAAAAUGCUCCCCCUGCCUUCCAGCCACGUGCGGCAUGUCCAGCGACUGCUCCCUGCAUCUGUCUGAGGGCCUGUGCCGGGACAAAAGCAGCUCUGCAGGCCAGCAGCUCAAAGAAGCUAGCGGACACAUGCACCUGGAGGGCUGGAUGAAACAGCCCAGGAACGGGAAGCGAGGCCAGGGCUGGGAGAGGAAAUACGUGGUCCUGGACGGGACCAAAGUCUCCAUCUAUGAGAUCGAGCCCAGAGAAGAUUCAGUGAAGCCUCUGGAGGAGUUCGACCUGUGUCUGUCAGACGGAGAGGUGGAGGUUUAUGGAGCAGUGGGGGCAUCUGAGCUACCUAACACUGCAAAGUCAGAUGUUCCCUACGUCCUGAAGCUGGAGUCCCGUUGUCACGCCCCCUGCUGGCCUGGACAGUGUGUUUACUUUAUGGCUCCCAGUUUCCCAGACAAACAGCGCUGGGUGGCUGUGAUGGAGUCGGUGGUGGCGGGGGGGCGAGCGUCUCGGGAGAAGGCCGAGGCCGACGCAGCUGCUGUGUCCAAAAGACAAAUGGUUCUGUCUCCUCUGGUCCAGAAGCUACUAGGAAACUCUCUCCUAAAGCUGGAGGGAGAUGACAGGCUGGAUAUUAACUGCACCCUCCCUCUCACAGACCAGAUAGUUCUGGUGGGCUCUGAAGAGGGUCUGUACGCCCUGAACGUUAUCAAGAACUCCCUGACUCACAUCCCUGGCCUGGGAUCAGUCUUUCAGAUCCACAUCAUCAAAGAGCAGGAGAAACUGCUGAUGAUUGUCGGGGAUGAGAGAGCUUUGUGCCUGGUGGAGAUCAAGAGGGUGAAGCAGUCACUGGCCCAGUCCCACCUGCCCAACCAGUCUGAGUUGGCCCCCUACAUCUUUGAGACGGUGAAAGGCUGCCAUCUGUUUGCUGCUGGGAGAAUAGACAACGGGCCGUGUAUAUGCGCUGCAAUGCCGAACAAGAUAACCAUCCUGCGCUACAACGACAAUCUCAACAAGUACUGCAUUCGUAAGGAGAUUGAAACUCUGGAGCCCUGCAGCUGCAUCCAUCUGACCAGCUACAGCAUCAUCAUUGGCACCAACAAAUUCUACGAGAUCGAGAUGAAGCAGUUUGUGCUUGAGGAGUUCUUGGAUAAAAAUGACGUGUCCCUGGCUUCUGCAGUGUUUGCCGCCUCGUCCCACAGCUUCCCCAUCGCCAUCAUGCAGGUGGCCAGCAGCAUGCAGAAGGAGGAAUACCUGCUGUGUUUCCACGAGUUUGGAGUGUUUGUGGACACGUACGGUCGGAGGAGCCGCACCGAGGAGAUCAAGUGGAGCCGUCUGCCUUUGUCCUUUGCCUACAGAGAACCCUACCUGUUUGUCACCUACUUCAACUCCCUGGAUGUCAUCGAGGUUCAGGGACACACCGCUCUGGGUCCCACAGUGCUGGCCCACCUGGACAUCCCCAGUCCUCGCUACCUGGGCCCCGCCAUCUCCUCCGGGGCCAUCUACCUGGCCUCCUCUUACCAGAACAAACUGCGGGUCAUCUGCUGUAAGGGAAGUCUGAUCAGAGAGUCUGGAGAGCUGCAGAGGAACGGAUCCAGCCGAGGUCCCAGUAAGCGGGGCCCGCCCACCUACACAGAGCACAUUACCAAGCGUCUGACCUCGGGUCCCGGCAGUCAUGACGGCCUGCAUCGAGAGCCUAGCACCCCACACCGCUACAGGGAGGGCCGCACCGAAUUCAGACGGGACAAGUCUCCGGCCCGACCGCUGGACCGGGAGAAGUCACCCGGCAGGGUGCUGGACAGCCGCAGGGAGAGGUCCCCUGGGAGAUUCGGGGACAGCACCCGACUCCAUGCCGGGUCUGUGCGAACACAGCUCGCCCCUGUUAACAAGGUGUGGGAUCAGUCAUCAGUGUGAAUCCAGUUCAGUGCUCCUCCUGACUGGAGCUUGAAGAUGAACCACGGGAACCCUUGAUCCACUCUGAGUGCAAGCACA